CAUAGUACGGUCACCGAUACAUUUGCACAUGCCCGGUGUGCCCUUCUUCAUUGCUAAAUACCAACCACCACCAUUUUGUUUUCAGCACCAUUCUCCCCAUCCUUUUUCCCUCCUUCAAAAAUCUUAUGAACAACAACACCAGUUUCUAAGGAUCCUAUCACCAUCAUUAGAAAUUAAAAUGAUUAACCCCAACUCCCUAUCAGUAUCAUUCUUAAUUCUCUUCAUUUUGCACACCGAUUACUUUUCAUCAACCACAUCGAACAUUACAGGAGUUUCCAAGACACAAUGUACAAUGUGCUCUGGCUGUGAAAACCCAUGCCAACCCCUUCCAUCCACUCCUCCACCACCACCCCCUGUCUCCACUUGUCCGCCUCCGCCAGCGGUUGUCUCGGGCUCCCCACCGCCACCAUCAAUGCCAAAUUCAGGCACAAUUUACUACUCGCCACCGCCACCUAAUUCAGUGCCCACGUACGCGUACUCCCCUCCGCCACCACCCGCCGAUGUUGCUGGAUUUUAUCCGCCGCCAAGAUAUGGUAACCAUCCAGCGCCUCCGCCACCGAACCCUAUACUUCCUUACUUUCCAUUCUAUUAUUAUAACCCUCCACCAUCGUCUUCUCCUAACUCUGUUCUCUUGAAAAUGAACCCCAUUGUUUUUUUCAUUUUUCUUUUUCUUUCUUUCCUCUGUUGCUUCUAAAUUGAUCAGAAACUCAUUGACCAAUAAAUGCAGAGGUUUUUCUUUUCUUUUCCUUAUUAAAAAAUAAAAAUUUCAGUUAUAUUUCUGUACUUACAGAUAUUCUUUUAGAAAGUCAUCCAAUUUAUUGUCCCUUCUUUUAUA